CACAGCCGGUACUGUACAAAUAGGACAGACGCAGAGAUAUUCAGUGCAACUAAAGCUGUUCAACCGUUUCUUUAACAAAGCCCAGAACCCAGAACAUAAUGGCUACAGGUAUCAAAAUGAUUUUUUGCAUUGGACUUGCUCUUGUACUGACAGGUGUGGGAAAGUCGGCCUUGAUUGGGAAGAGCCACAGCGGAGGAAAGGACGACCCUGUGCUGCAGUAUGUUGUUAACAACUCACUGAGGGAGCAUCCAGUGCUCACCAAACUCAGACUGAGAACCCUUGAAGACACGUGGAGCGUCAUGAUGGUUGCCAGUGAACAAGCCCAGUUUAUGGCAAAUCUUAUUAGACUGAUAAAUGCAACUAAAGCUAUUGAAAUUGGGAUGUACACAGGGUACAAUGCACUGAGCAUGGCUUUGGCCAUGCCAGAGAAUGGACGCGUGGUAGCUUGUGAAAUAGAAGAGACCUAUGUGAACAUUGCCAUGCCGUUUUUUAAAGAGGCUGGAGUUGAAAAUAAGAUCGAUGUACGCCAUCAAAUAGCCACGCAGACACUGAGUGAUUUGAUAGCAGCCGGGGAAGCUGGAACAUACGACUUUGUUUUCAUCGACGCUGAUAAAUUCAACUACGACAGAUACUACGAGAAGUCCCUCGAGCUCAUACGACAAGGGGGCAUCAUUGCGAUUGACAAUGUGCUGUGGAGCGGAAAAGUUCUGAAUCCUGCUCCCAGUGACCUCACCUCCCAGUCUUUGGAUAAUCUGAAUAAGAAGCUACACAAGGACCAGAGGAUCGAGCUGAGCAUGCUCACCAUUGGCGACGGGCUGUCCAUUGUCAUUAAACGCUGAAAUCACAAGUUUAAAAGUUACAUGUUUGCUAGUUUUGAUAUUAAAUAUAAAUGUGCAGUACAUUUCCUUCUGUACUUUGUGUUGUCAGCUACAACAAUCGUCCAUUGAAUGUCUUUUCUCUACAGCAGAUUAAACAUUUACAACUUUC